AUGAACUUGUUGACCGUGUUCGCCUGGGCUUCCGCCGCCGUCGCUGCGUCUAAGCAAUACGACGCGCUCCAGUUCACCAACCUUGGCUUCAAUGGCCAGUACACGCCGGUGCUGGCUCUCAACGACCCUGAACUGGACACCUGCUCGUGUCAAGUUGGCGACGCCGUAAGUUUCUCGGGACCGGGCACGCCGUUCGACGAGGACGUUGCCGUCUACGUGCGCGGGCCCUUGCAACUAAGAUUCUUCUAUGUGUUCACCUCGGACGACUUUGUCUUGGGUAGUAACGACAGUUCGUGGACGGUGGUGGCGGGCUACAACGGUACCAAAGCUGAGAACCUCACGUUCUUGACUCCCGCGGGGGCUGAUCUGAAGUGUCUUGGUAAGGCGUUGACCUAUGCUGAUUCUGAUGGGACUAGCAAGGCAGACAAGGCGACGUUGUUGUCGCCAGAUGCUGAGCUCAAGCUGAACGAGGAGCUCGUCAUUUUCUCUGACCAGAAGUGUGGCAACCUGAGCGUGAAUGGAGACUGCGGCGUCUACCGCAAUGGGAGCCCUGCCUACCACGGGUUCAAAGGUAAGGCCAAGUUCUUUGUGUUCGGCUGGAAACUGGUCAACGACGUCGACCUGCCCAACACCGUCGCCCAUUACAACAAGUCUGCCAUUCUGUUGCUCAACGCCCGGAUCCCGCGGACGUCGAUGAACUUUAGGGAUGGCAACUACAGCGACUGUCUGUGCUGGCUGCUGGGGUGUGGCGAGCUUACUGCGUUUGAAGCCACCGACGACGGACACAAUGACCGGUUCAGAACGACGUUGCACAGUCUUCAGAACACGUACGACGUGGACAAGGGGAACACGAUUGAUGGCUACACUUUUCAAGACACACCCGUUGGUGGUGGUAGUGUGUUGAUUGACACCGCCGGCAACGUCGUCGUGUUUGACAUACCGGCGUAUUUCCUCAAUAUGACCCUUACUUCGAGCGAACUCAAUAAACUAUACAACCUCACGGGAAAAACUCAGGUCUACGAUGUGAGCAAAGCUACCAAUAAGGAUGGCAAUGGGAAGUCGGAUGGCGUCAGUGUUACUAUCACCAAAUGGAAGCUAGCGGUGGCGAUGGCGGGCAUCUUGGCCAUGGUGAUUUAA